GAUUUCUUGUCUUUUAGUGCAUUUCAAAGUAGUUCACUUGUAAGAAAAUGUGAAUAAAAUCAACUCAAUGCUUGUUUAUAUUUAGAAUGCUACCUCAAGACCAUAAUCAUAUAUGUAAGAUCCAUGAUACAUCACCCUCCUGACAAGCGGACUGCGCCGACGCUUAUCCUCGAAAACCAUUUACCUGACAAGUGCUCCCCUAUAUUACUCCCCCAUAUGGUUUCGCAUUAUCAUCAAAUACACCGCUAUAUACCGACGUCUGUGGCCACUGGUGUCUUGCCAACCAUGGAGUUGAAAUAUGACAACCUUUCGGAGUAUAAAGUGGAGAAUCUUCAAUGCUUUCUGUGCUUCAUUACCUUUCGUGACCCAAAGUCAAAAGCAAGACACAUGAAGAAAACUCAUGGAGACAUCUAUAAGCAACAACUACAAUUGACUGAAACAAAAUUCUCCUGCUACAAAUGUGACAAAAUUUAUAGCACGUCUGAGGAGCUCAGUGAACACUCGACCACCCACGACAACAAUGAGAAAAGUUUUCAGUGCCCGUACUGUAGGGCAACUUUCUACACUUUUACAGAGGUGACAAAACACAGGAGGUGGGAUUGUGGAAAGCGGCAGUGCCCCUGCAAAGACUGUGGACUCAAGUUUCCAAACCCAUCCCGACUGAAUCAACACAGACUUAAAGUGCAUUCUUCACGAGUUGGCUCUCCGAUAGAAGAGGAUUUGACCCACAAGUGCCCCAAAUGUGACUGUAUUUUCCAAAAUGAAGAUGAGCUUAUUGACCACCAGGAAAGAGAUAUAGACUGUACAAUAUCUGAACCAAAACCACCUCCCAAAAAACGAGGUCGCAAACCCAAAGGUGAAAAGGAAUCUGUAACUAAAAAAGACACGAUUGAAUAUAGGUCUAGUAAUAAUGUUGUGGAGGAUGUACGCUCAAUCAAAAAGGAGCAAGUAGAGCUGGAGAUCCCAUGUCCCGAAGCAAAUUGCGACCUCGUUUUCCCUUCUGUUGAUGCCUUGAGGGCCCACAAAAAGGAGCAGCACAGCAGACCGUCCCGUAAACCCCAUGCAUGCUCCGAAUGUGCACAGAGUUUUAAUGAAGCCCACCAGCUCACCGAACACAUGGCAAAAGACCACUCCUCUGAGGAGUACACCUGCCCCACCUGUGGAGAGGGCUUUCCAGACACAAAUGACCUCAUUGACCACAUGAGUACCCACUGUAAAAAAGAAGAGCCUGAAUUUAAUGCGGAAAAUGUAUAAACACUUACUACAACCAUUUCAUUUAUAUACAAUGAUACACAUGGUAUAUGUAAAGGGCCCAUAUUACUCUAUUUUCUGAUCUAUGUUUUAAUGUUGUUUCCUCCUCAGAAACAAACUUGGAGUUGUGUUUUGUUUCAUUCACACAGAGACCUUGCAUAUUUAGGCUCCUCACAAACAGAAAACACACCUUGUGAUGUCAUGUGGUAAUGCAGGAAGUGCUUCAAUGUGUUCUUAAACAUUUGGAUGAUUUCAGCCCUGAACUGCCAAGCUCUACUGAACUAAAGGUUAAAGGUAGUAAACUACCACCACUACGUGACAUCACAAGGUGGAACAGAGUAUUUAAGCUUUGGAAAUGUAGACAGACUAAUAAUAAAGGGUUUGUCAAACGUGUAAAUGAAACACAACACAAUUCCAAGUAUGCGUCUGAGGUAACAUUCUAACAUGACCUGAAGUUCACAACAGUCAACAUUGUGUAAAAUAGGAACUUUAAGAAGUGUCCAUUGUUAAGCAUUUUUGCAUGCCCUUCCCUUGCAACUCUACAACUUCGAAAUGUGUAUAGGUGAGCUGGUGACUCAAAAUUUUCCAUAGUCAAUGAAUGUGAGAGUGACUGUUUAAAACUAGUCAAUGCCCAGGAUGUACCCGCCCAAGGCCCACAGUUACAGCUAUGACUUCAGAACUGGCGUCACCAUAGGCUCUGUAUACAAUAGUGUUAUUUUUUACACAAAGUAAUUUCAUAUUCAUUGCUCAUAUUUAUGUUCAUUUGAAGAACAGUCUUAAUUUCAAAGUAGCAAAUGUAUGUACCCUCUGUCAAUGUGUGGUGUUUUCUGUUGAAAUUAUUAAAAUAAGUCAUAUUUUAAGGGCAAAACUGAAAAAUUUGUAGAUUUGCUAGACAGUUUGGAUCAUGUAUAAUGUAAUAUUCUGUUAUACAUGUGGUGAAUAAUGCAUACAAAAAAUAGUGUGUUUUGCAAAGGACAUAUUGCUGAAAAUAUUCAAAAUAAUAAACUUGUACAUUUCAGUAUUGCUGUAUAUUGAGAAGCUUGCAUCACCAUGCUUUUCUCAAUGCUUCUUUUUUUCUCAUUAAUUUAUUCAUUUUGACUCUUAAAAAUCUAGUCUCUCAUUUAAUACAAUUUUGCAAUAAACGUAAGAACACAGAGAUAAAUUGUGCCAUGAUCCAUCCAGUCACUUCAGUAUGUAUGUGUGUGUUUUAAAUUGUAAUAGCUA